AGAAGUUUUUACUUUUAAAUUGAUAAGUAACAAAACAGAGAUAGGAAGUCUAUUUGUACGAAAUCGAAAGAAAACAUAUAUUUUAUUUAAUUUAAAUGAUUAUUGUGUAACAAAGACAAACAGUUCAAUGCUCACGCAUCAUGUUUAAAAGUUUAAUAAUAACAAUUGUUCUGACAGCCUUCUGUAAAACUGUAAUAGCGAACACCGACCGCAGGAACAGUUCGCGCUGUUUCCAGUUUACAUGGCUUGGACCACGUUACACCAAUGAAUCCAUAUUCCUAAACGCAACAUGUGAUACAGCAACAAAACUUUAUGAUAAAGUACCCUGUCAGCUCCCACUCGUGGUAUCAUAUGACGGAACUUGGCCGGAUGUCGAGUACAUUUGGACUCAUUAUUCCGCACAAGCGUCAUGUACGCUAGAAAAUAAUGAUGUAUGUGCAAAAUAUACUUACUAUUUCAACGGUCAAGCGGAAAAUUCAACAUACAUGUGUACUAGAGCUGUAGAUGCUAAUAAUACCGCAAUAACCAGUGGUUGUUAUGAAGAAGUCAAAGGGAGCUUUGCGACAAAAAUUACAGAUGGUAAAAUUUUUAAUAAAAUGUAUUCUGUUUUAACAAGAGUAAAUGCUAUAUUAACAUACACUCUCAGUGUUUUAGCAUGUUUAACAUUCCUGUGUUUUCUUUCCACAUUAACAGUGGAUUAUAGAACUACAGCUCAGAUGAAUACGGUUAAAGUGGUCGUAAAGAAUGUUCCAGACUAUGGUGCCUCUAGGGAAAGAAAUGAUCUUGGCUAUUUAACAUUUGAUCUCAAGACAGAUUUGUCCAACCUCUUCAACUGGAAUGUAAAACAAUUGUUCCUGUAUCUCACUGCAGAGUAUGUCACACCAAACAAUGAGCUGAACCAGGUUGUUUUAUGGGAUAAAAUAAUAUUGAGAGGGGAGAAUGCUGUCCUAGAUUUUAAAAAUAUGAACACAAAAUACUAUUUCUGGGAUGAUGGAAAUGGUUUAAAAGGUCACAACAAUGUUACACUGACACUGUCUUGGAAUAUAAUCCCCAAUGCAGGCUUGCUGCCUAAUAUUCAAGCCCUUGGUCAACAUUCUUUUAAGUUUCCUGUUGAAUAUACUCAGACAAGAGUAUGAUUUACGGAAGAUAUAAAAAUGUGUAGGUGAACUUGUGAAAUGUGUGUUAUUUGAUAAGACAGAAUAUACAAUUUAUUUAAA